UAACCUUCCCCUAGACAUCUCUGUCUCUCUUAUAAACGGUUCUAUUUUUCAGCGGUGACUCCUCGAUCAAAACCUUCCAGCGACAAUGAAGCAAUUCAAAUUUCUCCUUUGCCCCAAUUCUCCUUCGGUUUGGGAUGGAAAUGGCUUCUCCCAAUGUUUUGAUGACUUGGUCUUAGGCUUUGGUGUAAAUGCUGCAACUAUUGCCAUGAUUUGCGUAGUUGGAAUUAUGAAAAGAAGUGCCCGAACAAACUGGACGGUAAAAUUUUCAGAGAAUGUUCUUCUACAUCUUAUAGCAGUCAUUGGAGCAUGUUUAUCAUGCGUGGAUGUCAUAUUGCUUACGAAGAAAAAGAUUCAUGGGGAUUUUCUCUUAUACCAUGAGUGGCUUUUCAAAUUUUCACAUUUCAUGGUCUGGGCAACUAUCAUGUUCUCUUUGAGGUGUGCAUGUUUUCAACACAUAUUUUGCGAUACAGUCCUCUGUAUAUGGUGGAUUAUAAAAACUAUGUUUGGAAUCCCCCAUUUGCAAAAGGCAUUCUCUUCAAGGGAGGUUUUAGAGUGUCUUAAAGCAAGCUCUGUUUUAUUUUUGGAUAUCAUGUUCUGUAUAUCCAUUAACUAUAUCCGGAUAAAACAAGCACCUAUCAAUAGCAGCCCACUGGAAGAUUCACUUUAUGUUGAGAUGGACAUUGAGGAAUGCCAUCAUACAGACUUUAGAAGCAUGCAGGGCUUUUGGGAUCAUAUGGUGUUCAAAUCGAUCACUUCCAUAAUGAAUUCUGGUUUGCUAAAGCAGCUUGACUUUGAUGAUUUGCUUUUGCUUCCAGCUGAUAUGGAUCCUUCUACAUGUCAUGAAAAAUUAUUAAGCUGCUGGCAAGAUCAGCAAAAUAAUUCUUGCUCAAAUGCAUCAUUAUUUAGAGCAAUCUUCUAUGCAUAUGGAUGGCCAUAUCUUCGUCUAGGUUUAUUAAAGGUUUUUAAUGAUCUCAUUGGUUUUGCUGGACCACUGCUUCUGAAUAAGCUAAUUCGGUUUCUUCAACAAGGUUCUGGAAAUUUGGAUGGCUAUGUUCUCGCAAUAUCAUUAGGCCUAGUAUCAGUUCUCAAAUCCUUUUCUGAUACACAGUAUACGUUUCAUCUCACAAAGCUGAAGCUAAAGUUACGGUCUAGUAUCAUGACUGUUAUCUAUCGUAAGUGUUUAUCAGUCAGCAUAGCAGAACGGUCAAAGUUUUCCGAGGGAGAAAUUCAAACAUUUAUGUCUAUAGAUGCAGAUCGAACUGUCAAUUUAUGCAACAGUUUCCAUGACAUGUGGAGCCUACCUUUACAGAUUGGAAUUGCACUGUAUCUUCUAUAUACACAAGUGAAAUUAGCUUUCAUGGCUGGACUUGCAAUAACCAUCUUACUAAUACCAGUCAAUAAAUGGAUUUCUGAAUUGAUUGCAAGUGCCACUGAGAAAAUGAUGAAGCAAAAGGAUGAGAGGAUUAGGAGGACAGGAGAACUUUUGGCCCACAUUCGCACGUUAAAGAUGUAUAGCUGGGAGAUCCUUUUUUCUAGUUGGUUGAAGGAUACGAGAUCUUUGGAAGUGAAACACUUAGCUACACGGAAGUACUUGGAUGCCUGGUGUGUAUUCUUUUGGGCUACAACACCAACUCUUUUCUCUUUAUUCACAUUUGGACUCUUUACAUUGAUGGGACAUCAGCUUGAUGCUGCAAUGGUCUUCACAUGUCUUGCACUUUUUAAUAAUCUGAUAUCUCCUCUCAAUUCAUUCCCAUGGGUUAUCAAUGGGCUUAUUGAUGCUUUUAUAUCUAGCAGAAGGUUGAGCAGGUUCCUAUGUUGUUCUGAACAAAAACCCGAAGUGGAACAGAAAGUUAAAUUUCAACAAAUUUUCUCAAAUGAAAAAUAUGAUCUUGCCUCCAAUGAUAUGGCAGUAGUUAUGCAUGAUGUAUCUUGUACUUGGUCAAGCAGUAACGAAGAUCAGAAUUUGAUUUUGAAUCAUGUCACACUAAAUCUCCCAAAGGGUCUGCUGGUUGCAGUAGUUGGAGAGGUUGGUUCAGGCAAAUCAUCUUUGUUAAAUUCAAUAUUGGGAGAAAUGAGGCUUGUUCUUGGAUCAAUAUAUUCAAGUGGCUCUGUCGCAUACGCACCACAGAUUCCAUGGAUCUUAUCUGGAACAAUACGUGACAAUAUAUUGUUUGGGAAGAAUUUAGACUCACAAAGGUACGCAGAUACUUUACAGGCAUGUGCUCUAGAUGUUGAUGUUUCAUUGAUGGCUGGACAUGAUUUGGCUUAUAUUGGAGAGAAAGGAACCAACUUAUCAGGUGGACAGAGAGCUCGUCUUGCUUUGGCAAGGGCCAUUUAUCAGGAUUCCGAUGUUUAUUUGCUUGAUGACAUCCUUAGUGCAGUUGAUGCACAUGUUGCUAAAUGGAUUUUUCAAAAAGCUAUUCUUGGUCCUCUUGUGGAGCACAAGACUCGUAUUCUCUGCACUCAUAAUGUCCAGGCAAUAUCUUCUGCUGACAUGAUUGUUGUAAUGGAAAGAGGGCACAUUACGUGGGUAGGAAACUCGGCUGACUUAGCAGUUUCAGCUUAUUCAGGGUUUGCAUCAGUUAAUGAAUUUGAUGCAUCAUAUAUUCAUAGUAAACUGUACAUCACAAAUACUUCCAACAUGGACAAACAAAGUCCCAUUUCAGAGAAAGAUACUUUGGAUGUCCCAUUGGAAGCACAAGAGAUUAUUGAAGCUGAGCAGAGGAAAGAGGGUAAAGUUGAACUUAUUGUUUACAAAAAAUAUGCUGGAUUUUCUGGUUGGUUCAUUUCAGUUGUGAUAUUGCUUUCAGCAAUUUUAAUGCAAGCUUCUCGAAAUGGAAAUGAUCUGUGGCUAUCAUAUUGGGUUGAUACGACAGGGAUCAGUCAAGCCAAAUACUCAACAUCCUUUUUUCUGCUGGUACUUUGCAUCUUCUGCAUCAUUAAUUCUUCUCUGACCUUGGUGAGGGCGUUCUCGUUUGCAUUUGGUGGUUUAAAAGCUGCAGUUCAGGUACAUAAUACACUGCUUAAUAAGGUUAUCAAUGCUCCUGUCCAGUUCUUUGAUCAAACACCAGGUGGACGAAUACUUAACAGGUUCUCAUCAGAUCUCUAUACAAUUGACGAUUCUCUCCCAUUCAUCCUCAACAUUCUUCUGGCUAAUUUUGUGGGCCUGUUGGGAAUAGCAGUAGUUUUGUCUUAUGUUCAGGUCUUUUUCUUGCUUCUACUAUUGCCAUUUUGGUACAUCUAUAGCAAGCUACAGUUCUUCUACAGGUCAACAUCUAGGGAACUGCGAAGAUUGGACAGUGUCUCACGCUCUCCAAUUUAUGCAUCUUUCACAGAGACACUUGAUGGUUCAUCAACUAUACGAGCUUUCAAUUCUAAGGAUUAUUUCUUGGCUAGAUUCACUGAGCUUGUAGAACAGUAUCAGAGAACUUCAUAUUCAGAGUUAAUUGCGAGUUUGUGGCUUUCCCUGCACCUUCAGUUAUUAGCCGCUUCCAUAAUCUCAUUUAUUGCUGUGAUGGCUGUUAUUGGAUCCCAUGGCAGUUUACCAAUUAGUUUCGGCACCCCAGGACUGGUAGGAUUAGCUCUUUCAUAUGCAGCUCCAAUUGUUUCCUUGUUGGGAAGCUUCUUGACAAGUUUUACUGAAACGGAAAAAGAAAUGGUUUCAAUGGAGAGAGCUCUUCAGUAUAUGGAUGUGCCUCAAGAAGAACUCCAUGGAUUUCAGUAUUUAUGUUCGAGUUGGCCUUCUCAAGGAGUAAUCGAGUUUCAAAAUGUUACCAUGAAAUAUAUGCCAUCUUUGCCAGCAGCACUAAAUAAUAUCACCUUUACAAUAGCAGGAGGGACACAGGUUGGAAUUGUUGGAAGAACUGGUGCUGGAAAAUCUAGUGUUUUGAAUGCCCUUUUUCGCCUAACCCCAAUAUGCGGAGGGUGGAUUUUGGUGGAUGGCUUGAACAUAGUUGAUAUUCCUGUUAGAGAUCUCCGUGCACACUUGGCUGUGGUUCCCCAGAGCCCAUUUUUGUUUGAAGCAUCAUUAAGGGACAACCUGGAUCCUCUCCGGAUGAGCAACGACACAGAAAUAUGGGAUAUUUUAGAGAAAUGUCAUGUAAAGGGGGAAGUGGAAGCGGCAGGAGGGCUUGAAGCUCAGGUAAAGGAAGCUGGGACAUCAUUUUCUGUUGGGCAAAGGCAACUCCUGUGCCUUGCACGUGCUCUUCUCAAGUCUUCUAAGGUUCUUUGCUUGGAUGAAUGCACGGCAAGUGUUGAUAUGCAGACAGCUUCAAUUUUACAAAAAACUAUAUCCACGGAAUGCCGAGGAAUGACAGUGAUCACAAUCGCACACCGUAUUUGGACAGUUUUGAAUAUGGACAAUGUAUUGGUUCUCAAUCAAGGAACCCUGGUUGAGGAAGGUAACCCAAAUGCUCUUCUACAAGAUGAAUCCUCCAUAUUUUCAGGCUUCGCUAAAGCGUCUGUAAUGUAGAUAUGGUAGAAUCAAUCAUUUUGUUGUUUCUGUACGCAUAAUAAUUAACAAGGCACAGGUAGGAACACUCCAACUGUAACUUUUAAUCAGUUGGAAACUUGACAGCAACUAGCACAUGUUUCAA